AUGGGCGCAAUCAAGAGAGUCGCAGUCAUCGGCGCAGGGCCGGGCGGGGCCAUCACCAUCGAUGCCCUGGCCCGCGAGAAGACCUUCGACGUCAUCCGAGUGUUCGAGCGCCGAGAAGCCGCGGGCGGUUGCUGGGUUGGCGACCAAACCCCUCCGCCACACCUCACCGACCUCCCCGCCCUCGCAUCCCGCACCGCCGACCGCCCGGUCCCGAUCCCGGAGACCCUCCCGGCCCGAACCCCGAAACCGCAGACCUCCUCGCCGCCGCGCUUUACCGAAUCUGGCAUUUACCCCUACCUGGAGACUAACGUCGAUGCCAUCCCCAUGUCCUUCUCCGAGGAGUCCAUCCCCGAGCAGCGCACGGAGAACUCCAUCGCCCUGCACGGGCCCGAAACGCCCUUCCGCCACUGGACCGUCGUCCGGGACUUUGUACAGGGACUCGUGAACCGCAAUGGGUACCAGGAUUUCGUCUCGUACAGCACGACGGUGGAGCUGGCCGAGAAGAUUGGGGGCGAGUGGAAGCUGACGUUGAGGAGGGAGGGCGAGGAGGUGGAUGAGUGGUGGGUUGAGUAUUUUGAUGCUGUGGUUGUUGCCACGGGCCAUUACUGGGUGCCUUACAUCCCCCACAUCGAAGGCCUCGAAGAGUUUGAAAAGGCUCGCCCGGGGAGCGUGAUUCACAGCAAGCACUUUCGCGGACGAGACCAGUUCCGUGACAAGCGCGUCGUUGUAGUGGGCGCCUCCGUCUCCGGAGCCGACAUCUCGGUCGACCUCGUCAACACCGCAAAGCUCCCCAUCUACUCGGUCGUAAACGGCCGCAGGGCAAACCUCUACUUUGGCGACGGCGCAUUCAACCACCCCCGGAUCUCACGCCGCGCCACCAUCUCCCGCAUCGACGGCCGAACGGUGCACUUCUCGGACGGCACCUCCGUCGCCGACGUCGACAACAUCGUGCUCGCCACGGGCUUCACCUGGACACUGCCGUUCCUACCCUCGGUCGAGGUCCGCAACAACCGCGUCACGGGCUUGUACCAGCACGUCGUGUACCACCGCGACCCGACCCUGGUCUUCGUCGGCGCAGUGGCGGCGGGCCUGACGUUCAAGAUCUUCGAGUGGCAGGCCGUCCUCGCGGCGCGCGUGCUGGCCGGGAGGGCGAGCCUGCCGCCGGCCGAGGAGCAGGCGAAAUGGGAGGCAGACCAGGUCGCCGAGAAGGGCGACAACAUCAAGUUCUCGCUCGUGUACCCGCACUUUGAGGAGUACUUUGAGACGGUGCGGGCGCUGGCCGGCGAACCGGAGAACGGAGUCGGCAGGGCGUUGCCGCCAUACGACCCGUCAUGGCUCCAGGUCUUCUUCGAUGGCCUUGAGUUGAGGAAGAGGAUGUGGGAGAGGCUAAAUGCCCAAGCACAAAAGGAGCUUGAGCAGGCAAAGCUGACGGCGAAUGGUUUGGUGGCACAGGGGGACAAGGGCACUCACGCACCACCACCAGCAGCGAAUGGGCCAGAGACCGAGAAAGUCCCCAUCGUGACGACGAUUGAAGCGCUCCGGGAAGUGCAGUAG